AUGACCAUCAAAGGUGUCGAACCAAGAGUAUUUCAGAAUUUUGAGGUUCGAGUCUCGUCUCGAGAAAAGGUGAGAGGUAUGGAAAUUCAUGAAAUUGAAAAACUUGUGAAGAAUGUAUUCGUACCUGAUGAAUGCUAUGAAUUUCCUAAAACUGUUGAUGCAAAUGGUUGCAAGCCAUUAACACAUUGGCCUGAUGCUAAAAGUGCAAUAAAAAGGCAUAUAAGUACAUCAUCAGGUCUUCAUGUUCACACUUCUGCUCUUCUUAAGGAUAUCUUGGAUCAGAGUUCUGGUCGCCUUCAAUUACCACUUAGAGGUCAUCGGGAUGAUCUCAGUAUCAUCCUGAAGGACACCAUUUUGGAGACCCAUCUUAAGCAUCAUGAUAAAAAUGCCUCCUACAAUUCUAAAACUACUCAGAAUGAGUUAAUUAGGUGUUGUGGUCAAUUCAUCACUGAGCAGCUUCUAGUUGAAGUAAAGAAGAGCAAGUUUUAUGCAUUGAUUGCAGACGAAACAUGUGAUAUUUCUAAUAAAGAACAAAUGUCUUUGGUUUUGCGUUUUGUUGACGAGGAGUUCAACAUAAGAGAAGAAUUUUUUCGUUUCAUUCAUUGUAGUGAGGGUAUGUCUGGGAAGGACCUUGCAUCUGUGAUUUUGAAAUGUUUAAACGAAGAGUUGAAUUUGAACAUUCAGGACUGUCGUGGGCUGGGGUAUGAUGGCGCAGGUGCUGUUGCUGGAUGCAUUAAUGGUCUUGCUGCAAGGAUUAAGAAUUUGAAUGAGAAAGCCAUUUACACACAUUGUUUCAGUCACAGAUUAAAUCUUAGUAUUUGUGGGAUUUGCGCUGUUCAACAACUAAUUUUGGAGAAAUGCAUUAGAGAACACUGUCCAGAUUCUGCAAAAAAGAGAUUGAAAAGUGCUUGUAAGACAAGAUGGGUCGAGCGUAUUACUAGCUUAGAUACUUUUGAAGAACUGUAUGUUGCUAUUGUUUUUUCCUUGGAAGAAAUGAGUUUUAACGUCGAAGUUACUCAGUUACUUCAGUCUUCUAGUAAGGAUAUUGCUGACGGUUUGAACUUGAUUGAGGCAUUAAAAAAAUUGUCGAGAAAUGUAAGAAAUGAAGUCGAUGUUUAUCGUGCUAACUGGUACAGUAUUGCAUUGACGAUGGCAGAAAAGGUGGGUGUUGAAGAGAAAAAACCUAGAACUUGUGGUCGUCAGGCAAUUAGAAGUAAUGUUCCGUCUGAAUCUGUAUCUGAUUACUUUAAGAAAACAAUAACCAUUCCUUUAGCUGAUCACUUGUGUUCUGAGUUAGAAAAACGGUUUGAUUCAUCAGCAACUAGCAUAUAUUAUGGCUUGUUUUUAAUUCCAUCCAAGUUACUUUUGUGUCUUUCUUGUGGCGUUUCUUGGAAGGAAAAAUUUUAUUCAUUUUCUUCUUUGUUCUUGGAUGAUCUUCCAAAUCCAAAGGCUUUAGAUGGUGAACUUGAUCUCUGGCGGAAAUACUGGGAAUCGUCUUCUACAACUUGUCUUCCUGAAAAUGUCUCUUCUACUUUAAAGUCGGUAAGUUUUCCAGGUUUUGAGAACAUAAAAGUAUUGUUAAAGAUCUUAGGUACUAUUCCAGUCACUUCUUGUGAGUGUGAGAGGUCAUUCUCUGCUUUGCGAAGAUUAAAGAACUGUACAAGAAGUACUAUGGCUGCUGACAGGUUAAAUGGUCUUGCUUUAUUGUAUAUUCAUCAGGACAUUAAUCUAGAUAUAGAAAAAUUAUAG